UAGUUUUUUUUUUAUAGUUAAGUUCCACUUUAAGCUGGAGAGGCAGCUGGACAGGCAUGUACACAUGUCGUAAAUCAAAACUGAUACCCCCUGUUGUGUUUGGUAGGCAGUACCAGGGGCAGACUGACCAUUUGGAAACUCAGGCACUGACUGAGGGCCCGGGGUCAGUAGGGGGCCCCAUGAGAUGCCCCUGGUACCUUUUUCAUAGGCUUUUUUGAGUUUAGGCAAGGACACAGGGGCCCCAUGAUCCCCUAUUGCCCGGGGUCCCCAUGAGUUGUCAGUCCGCCCCUGGACUAAGCAUAA